AUGCUAUUCACGGUAGCUACCAUCGUUUUAGCUAUUAUCACCUUCUUUGGCUGCUACGAGCACGCGUGGGGGCUACGUGAUAUCUACUACAUGAAGCUAGAUUUCUCGGGUAUAAGUGUCGACGGAAUAUCCCUUGCAUCUAUGACAGAGGAAGCUGGACUUUAUCCAAUUUACCAGAUCGGUUCCAACGGCUACUGCUACGGAACCAAAUCCGGAAAUGGAUCGACAUCCAUAAAAGGGUGCAAGACGCCGAUGGAGCCCUUCUGGUUUGACAUUGUUACGUUCGCAGAAAGCCAGUCGACAGUAAUCGCCAGCGUGCUCAAGUACGUGGACUUACCGAGUGAGGUCACUGAGUACGAAUCUAUUCUGAAGUCCGCUUCAAUUGCAAUGUGGGCUCUUUGGAUUGCCACUAUGGGUCUUUCAGCGAUCCAAAUCAUUAUAGGCUUUUUCGCCUUUAGGUCGCGAGGAGCCUCUUUUGCGUCCGCGUUUGUGAGUGUGUUGUCGUUCUUGUCGUCUCUCGUCGCUGCUGGCAUUGCAACUGGAAUCUACUCUAUUUAUGAGAGCAAGUUCAAUGACUAUGUCAAGAAAUACGGUGUUUCUGCAAGCAUCGGAAGCAGCGGACUCGGUCUAGCCUGGGCCACCGUGGCGGUCUGCCUGAUUGCCGGAGUUUCCUGGAUUCUUUCCAUCUGUGUUGGUUCUACCUCCCACAGACACGAGCGGCUGCCGGACUACGACGACGAAAAAGCCUUCAUCAGGUACGUUCCUGAACAUUAG